UCGUUUGAAAUUGUAUAGAGCAAGUCUUGUCGAUCAAAGACAAUGGAUGAAAAAAAGUGUCGACCGUGCGAAGAGCCUGUUAUAGAAAAAGCUCCCCCUUGUCCCCUUCAGUGUAUGUCCCCUAAGUGUAAAGCUUACCAGGCCAAGGCGCCAAUAGACACAUCGAAGAAGCCGAUCGUAUGGGUGCUGGGUGGUCCUGGAUCGGGGAAGGGCACGCAAUGCGAGAAGAUCAUCGCCAAGUACGGGUUCACGCACCUGUCCACCGGGGAUCUGCUCAGAGCGGAGGUGAAGAGUGGCUCCGACAGGGCCAAGUGCCUCACCUCUAUCAUGGAGCGGGGUGAGCUGGUCCCAAAUGAAAUCGUUUUGGACUUGCUGAAAGAGGCGAUACUGGCGCGUGCAGAUCAGUCCAAGGGUUUCCUCAUCGACGGGUACCCGCGUGAGAAAUCCCAGGGUAUAGCGUUCGAGCAGGCCAUCGCUCCAGUCACUGCUAUAAUAUACUUCGAGGCGUCAUCGGAGACGUUGACACAGAGGUUGCUGGGGCGUGCGGCGAGCUCGGGCCGCGCCGACGACAACGAGGAAACAAUCAAACUCAGGCUGAAAACAUUCAUCGACAACAACGAACUGGUCCUCGCGCAGUACCCUGACAAACUUAGGAGGAUAAACGCGGAGGCGUCCGUUGAUGAUAUAUUUGGAGAAGUGCAGAAGAUCCUCGACCCCCUGGUCGCUAACUGAGACACCAUAUAGUACAGCAGCACACAGCACGCAGUACAGUCAGCUUCAUAUAUCUACUUGUGAACACUUGUCAACGUUCAAUAAUGAGUCAAUAUAUAGAAUUUAUUGAGUC